AUGGAGUCACCUGCUUGCGGUUGUAUCCAGGUUGCUGGUCGAUCACUGCAAGAUUUGGAGCCCAGCAUCUUCCCGGCAUUCGACGUGGGUGAGAAGAACGAGUCCGAUCCCCCGGGUUUCACCAGUCGGUUGGGAUGCAGUAUACCCGGGGAUCUGCCUCAGACGUGCAGUGUUCUAUGCACAGCAUGGGGAGUUCUUCUCGGAUGUUUCACUGGACUUGAGACUGUCUAUUAUGGCUUUGAUUGCGACCAUAGCCUCACCACAACCUCAGGACGUGGACAUGAUGUUACGCCAACUGCACAACUGAAUGUGCCCGCCAAUCAGAGCGUUCAAAGCAUCCUGGCCGGCGACUUUUGCACCCUGCUGUUCCUACCAGAGACCAGGGCACAAACGUUGUUCAACACCACACUUUCCAUCCGCAACCUUGCCCGCAAGCCGAGCAAUGAUAAUGAUGAAAGUCGAGCGAGGAGCCAGGAUUCUGUUUCAUGGUGCAAGAUCCGCAUGUCCGUGGACCCUAGCACUCUCGAUACCAUCCUGUCGUGGGACCUCGCCUUCAUGACCCGAGAACAGGCGGCGAACAUCAGCAACACUUAUGACAAGAUUGUCAGUGAGAUGAUCAACCACCCGGAGACUCUCAUAUCAAACCUAGACUGGUUUGGUGACCGAAACGAGCGGCAAGUCCUGGAGUGGAACAGCAACCCAAAGAGCAAUGUGCAGGAGUGCAUACACCAAGCCGUGUCCAAGCAUGGUACAUUGCGACCUGAUGCAGAGGCUGUUUGCGCUUGGGACGGGAGCUUUACAUACUCCCAACUUCUAUCUAUCUCGGAUCGCCUCGCUCGUCGCUUACAAGCCUCAGGCGUAGGGCCCGAGAUCUUUGUGCCGAUUUGCUUCGACAAGUCCAAGUGGACUGUCGUUGCAAUGCUGGCUGUGCUCAAAGCAGGCGGCAUCUUUGUGCCUCUUGAUCCUACACACCCAUUACCGCGCCUACAGUCCCUGGUACACAAGGUGCAAGCCCAGACUAUCUUGUGUUCUCCCCAGCACCAAGCCAUGCUAGAGAGUGUGGCGGCCGAGUUGAUCGCCGUCGACGACCAACUAUUCAUGCAGCUGGCCGAGCACGACGGCAGCGAGGUCGACUGUGGCUCAUGGAGCAACGGCGCGUACAUGAUAUUCACAAGCGGUACCACCGGAGUUCCGAAGGGUGCAUUGAUUCAGCAUGGGGCCCUCUUGUCAAGCGCCCUUGCUCAUGGACCUGCCAUGAUGAUGGAUUCCAACACGCGAUCACUACAGUUCGCCGCGUCUACUUUUGAUGUGAGCAUCACCGAGAUCCUCACGUGCUUGGUUCUGGGUGGCUGUGUCUGCAUACCCAGCGAGGAUUCGCGGCUAAACGCCAUCGAGGAAGCCAUCACGCAGCUCCGAGCCAAUUGGGCGCUGUUGACGCCAACCUUUGUCAAAUUCAUUGAUCCUGCCAAGGUGCCGUCCCUCUGCACACUUGUUACUGGCGGUGAAGCCAUGACGCAAGCCGUCAUUGACUCGUGGUCUCACAUCAACCUCAUCAACUGCUAUGGCCCUGCAGAGACGUCUGUAGUCUCGCACGUACACCGAGGUAUGAGGAAAGGCAAGAACCCGCUGAAUAUCGGCCAUCAGGUCGGCAUUCAUUGCUGGGUUGUUGAUCGGUACAACCACGACCGACUGAUGGCCCUAGGGGCUGUAGGAGAACUAGUCAUUGAAGGCCACACGCUUGCAAGGGAGUACUACAAGGAGCCAGAGAAGACGAGCGAGGCUUUCAUUGUUGAUCCCGCGUGGACACGCAAUCAACCACGGCAGAAUGGCUACAGGCGCAUGUACAAGACGGGCGAUCUCGUCAAGUACAACCAUGAUGGUACCCUUCACAUCGCCGGGCGCAAAGGCUCUCAGAUCAAGUUUCACGGACAGCGCAUAGAGCUGGGUGAGAUUGAGCAUCACCUCAACGUCAGUGCUAGUAUAAAGCACGGCAUGGUCGUCCUGGCCAAGGAAGGUUUCUGCAAAGGCCGACUCUUGGCCAUUGUUCAGCUCAGCGAUGCUUUGAACCAGGACCUAGUGCCCAAGGGCCAGCCCUACAAGUUGAUUGACGGUCAACUCGAGGGGACUGCGCGAGUCAAAAUCGCCGAGGCAAAGCAGCUUCUCGCCGAACGGUUGCCACCCUACAUGAUCCCUUCUAUGUGGCUCGCCGUCGAGUUCAUCCCUCGUCUUCAGUCAGGAAAGCUUGACCGCAAGCAGACUGCAAAGUGGGUUGAUGACAUGAACGAGGUUCUGUACCGACAACUCAACCCUGUCACGGCCACCGGGUCCUCAGAGGACCUUGAGUUUUCCAGCAAGACCGAGUCGGAGCUACACAAGAUCUGGAUGCACGUUCUGAACCUCAAAGUGGAACAGCUUGGCCUUGGGCAGUCCUUCCUGAGCGUUGGCGGCGACUCCAUCUCGGCGAUGCAAGUGAUGAGCGAGUGCAGGAAACGUGGCCUGGGCCUGACCGUCUCGCAAAUCAUUGCUUGCAAAUCAAUCAGAGCACUGGCAAUGCAGGUCAAGGAUAUCGAUAGGCCAUCGUUCCAUAUGGAGACUCUGGAACAGCCGUUCGAGCUCUCGCCCAUACAGAAGCUCUACUUUGCUAGGCCCAACCACACCCAAGGCCAUUACAACCAGAGCUUUCUCCUCCGCACAAGCCAGCGCAUUCUUGAGUCAGAUAUGCGCAAGGCCAUGGAGACCAUUAUAUCGAGACACUCGAUGCUCCGUGCCAGGUUCAGCCAGGGCGCCACCGGUGAAUGGAAACAGCGAGUCACCAACGAGGUUGCGUCCUCGUAUCGCUUGCGUACCCUAACUCUGGCUUCGAGUGAGGAAGUUGGCCGCUCCCUCGUUGACAGCCAGACUUGCCUUGAGAUUACAAAUGGGCCGUUAUUGGCUGCUGAUCUCAUUGAUAUAAAUGGGGAAGAAGAACUCUUGUUCGUGGUCGCGCAUCAUCUGGUCAUUGACCUUGUCUCCUGGAGGAUCAUUCUCCAGGAGCUAGAAGAGCUGCUACUACGGCCUGAAGUGGUCCCUGGUACAGAUAGCCCGUUGCCUUUCCAGGUCUGGUGCAAGAUGCAGUUGGAACAUGCCGAGACCCAGACACCGGAGCAAGCGCUGCCAAUCCACGGCAUCCCUGACGGGAACGCCGAGUACUGGGGAAUGGUGGACACACCCAACGUCUACGGGCAGAUGGCUCGUGAAGGCUUUGAAAUUGGACCUCGGCAAACAUCUCUCCUCCUGUCAAAAUGCCAUGAGUCGUUGCGCACCGAGAUUCCCGACGUUCUCCUGGCCGCCAUGAUCUUCUCCUUUGGCCAGACCUUCACGGACCGCCCGAUCCCGGCCGUGUUCGCUGAAGGACACGGCCGGGAACCCUGGGACACAUCCAUCGACCUUUCCAACGUGGUUGGAUGGUUCACAACUAUUUACCCGGUCUUUCCUGGAGCGGAGGCGCAAUCCAGUCUCGUUAACACGGCGAAGCUGGUCAAAGAUGCACGGCGCAAAGUUCCCGACAGUGGGAGGCCUUACUUUGCGAACCGGUGGCUGACAAAAGCGGGCGAUGACGCCUUUUCCCGUCACUGGCCGCUCGAGAUUACCUUCAACUACCUUGGCCAGUAUCAGCAACUGGAGCGCGAGGGUGCUCUAUUUACCCCUGUGAGCGAUAUCGCUGGCGAGGUCAAGGGGGCCACCGACGGUGCAGACGUUGGCCCGUUAACAGCUUGUAUUUCCCUUUUCGAGGUUUCUGCUGUCAUCAUCAAAGGCUCUCUCCGGUUCUCGUUUGUCUUCAAUCAAAACAUGAACCACCAGCCCGAGAUUCGCCAGUGGAUUGCUUCUUGCCAACAGAGUCUCGGCACCCUGAUUGAAUCUCUGAGCGUCAUGCCCCCUGAGCCUACGCUGAGCGACUUCCCACUCCUAUCCCUGACCUACGACCGCCUUCGACUACUGAAGGAAGAAAAGCUCCCCGAGGCUGGAGUUGGAUCCAUGGAUCUAGUCGAAGAUGCCUACCCUUGCUCUCCCAUGCAAUCGGGACUCUUGAUCAGCACGACAAAGAACAGCGCCUUUUACGCCGCUUACACACUCCAUGAGGUCAAAAGCAGAAGCGGUCUGCCUGUGGACGUCACCAAACUUGCCAAUGCUUGGAAACGCUUGAUUGAGUACCACCCCAUGCUCAGGACCAUCUUCGCUGAGAGCGUGGCCCAGCAAGACUCCCUCUACGAUCAGGUAGUUCUCAAGGAAGUCGACUUUCCGCUCAUUGUGUCAGAGAAAGAUACAAAAGAGGACGCACUGGCCGCUCUGAGCGCCCCGCCUCUGCACCAAAGAGACAACUCUCAACUGCUGCAUCACUUUGAGGUUUGCACAACCAAGAGCGGUGAAGUCUUUUGCAGACUUGACAUUAGCCACGUCAUCAUGGAUGGUACCUCUCUGUCAAUCCUCUUCCGGGAUCUCGCCAUGGCUUACGAGGGUAGCUGUGGAUCCGGUGAAGGCCCGCUGUACCGCAACUACAUCAAACACCUCCAAGAUCAGGCCAUUCAGCCCGGUAUUGACUACUGGAAGUCAUACUUGGCGGGUGUUGAGCCGUGCCAUUUUCCCGUUCUCGAUGACGGCAAUGUUGCGGAAUCAAAGGACUUGAGAUACCUCAGGGUCAAGUUUGGCGAGUUGGCGGAGUUGCAAAGCUUGUGUGACGAUCGGGGAGUCACCAUUGUCAACGCUAUAUACGCUGCCUGGGCGUUGACGCUGCGGCUUUAUACCACCUCAGAGGAGGUCUGCUUCGGCUAUCUCACAUCUGCUCGUGACUUGCAGAUCCAAGGCAUCCGUGACGUUGUCGGGCCCGUCAUCAACAUCGUGCCAUGCCGCGUCAAUGUUGGUGCGUCUACCACUCUGGGGGACGUCAUGGGCCUCGUGCAGAGGGACUACCUGGAUAGCCUGGAUUACCGGCACACUCCCUUGGCCGAAGUCCAGCACGCACUGCAGCUCUCCGACGUCGCUCUGUUCAACACCGCCGUGUCGUACAGAAAGCUGCUUCCUACCCUACAGAACCCUCCAGACCUUGUAUUCGAGGAGUGUCGCCCUACGUAUGAUCCCGACGAGUACAACGUGUCCGUCAACAUCGAGGCAGGCGACGACGACAUGGCUAUUGACCUAAUGUACUGGUCAGAUACCCUGUCAGAUGGGCAGGCCGCGAAUGUUGCCAGCACUUUUACUAAGGCGCUUAGUAAUGUGCUUCAUUACUGCAACGAGCCCGUUGCUCAGCUCGAUCACCUCGGUUCCUGGCACCGCCAGCAGCUCUGCGAGUGGAACAAGCAGAUGCCCGAAGCCGUUGAAAGCUGCCUCCAUGACUUGUUCAAGCAGCAGGCAAUGUUGCGCCCAGACGCUCCCGCGAUUGCUUCGUGGGACAUGGAUUUCACCUAUGCUGAGCUUGAUGACGCCUCUACCAAGCUUGCCCGUCACAUCAUCGCCUUGGGUGUUGGCGUGGAAGACUUUGUGGUCGUCUGCUUCGACAAGUCUGCUUUCGCCAUAGUGGCCAUGCUCGCCAUCUUGAAGGCGGGUGGUGCAUGCAUACCACUCGAUCCAGCGCAUCCGGAUACUGCGUUGCGACUUCGUUUCGAGGACACAGGCGCGUCUGUGGCUCUCGUGUCCCCUUCUGUGGUGUCCAGGAUCAGUACCAUGGUCAAGACAACAGUAGCUGUAGACGCCCAGCUGCUCCAGGCCAUCUCCAUGACACAGGAGGACCCUGUCCUUCCCCAAGUCACACCCCACAACGCCUGUUUCGUCAUUUACACCUCCGGUAGUACCGGCAGACCCAAGGGCGUGGUGCUAGAGCACAGGGGGAUUGCCACCAAUGCUGCGUACUCGGGCCCCAGGUUGGGUUAUGAGCAAGACUCAAGGGUGCUGCAGUUUGCCUCUCACACCUUUGACAACAGUCUUGCCGAGAUAUUCACUACACUUACCCGUGGAGGCUGUGUAUGCGUACCUUCGGACUACGAGAGGCUGAAUGAUUUGGCUGGUGCCAUCAACCGCUACGGAGUCACCUUGGCCGAUAUCACCCCUACCGUCGCUUGCUUUCUCCACCCGUCCGACGUCCAGACCUUGAAGACGUUGGCUCUGGGCGGCGAAGCUGUGACUGCCAAGUGCGUUGACAUCUGGCGCGACUUUGUAUCUCUGCAAUGUUGCUACGGACCUUCGGAAUGCUCCGUCAACUCGACCUACAGUGGCGAUAUUGCCGAGCCAGGUAGAGCCACAAACAUCGGCCGCGCCAUCGGCAGUGUCGCUUGGGUUGUCGAUGCUAGCGACCACAACUCUCUGGUCCCCAUUGGGGGCGUAGGAGAGCUUCUCAUAGACGGCCCCAUCGUCUCGAGAGGCUACCUGAACCUCCCCGAGAGAAUGGCACAGUCCUUUAUACCUCCACCUGCCUGCGUGGAAGGAAUACUUCAAGGCGUCGACCUGGACCGUAAGCUCUACAAGACCGGUGACCUGGUCAAGCUCAACGGCCAGCGCAUCGAGCUUGGGGAGAUUGAAUAUCACGUCGAAAAGAAGCUUCCCGAGAGCUGGUUGUCUGCUGUGGAGCUCAUUGUGUCUGAGGGCAGGAAAUCUCUGGCCUGUUUCGUCUGUGCCGAUGCAGAUGCCUCUCUCCCCGACAACAGCCACGAAAGCAUCGUACUGGACAUAGACGAUGCAUUUAGGGCUCUCGCCAAAGCAUUAGAGGAGCAUCUGACUAUCCUGGUUCCCGCUUACAUGGUUCCAUCCGUGUGGCUGCCCAUACGCAAGAUGCCACUCACUCCGUCUGGGAAGUUGGACCGGCGCAGCCUCCGACUAUUGGCGCAGGCGGUGCCGACAUCGCUGAUGAGCUCCUACAAGCUCGCCUCCAAGUCUGGCAGGGCCCCAUCGAGCGAAGCGGAGAAGAAACUGGCCGGCAUGUGGGCUCAUGUGCUGAACAUUGACGUGGCGUCCAUCGGCGUCCAAGAUCAUUUCUUCAGGCUUGGAGGCGACUCGAUCAACGCAAUGAGACUUGUGACGCUCGCACGGCAGUCUGACAUCAAUUUGACCGUGGCUAGUAUCUUCCAGAAGGCGACCUUACUGGAUAUGGCCAACUCGGCAUUCCCCAUGUCCAAGGCUACACUCACAGUCGUCCAGCCGUUCUCGUUGCUACCCGACGUGGCCUCGAUGGAUGUGUUGCAGCGAGAGGUUGCGGCGUUUGCUCGCAUUAAUGUCGAUGCUAUUCAGGACAUGUACCCUUGUACCGCAACACAAGAGGGUCUUAUGGCGCUUUCAACCAGAGAGCCUGGGGCAUAUGUUGCCCAGCUCGUCUAUCGCCUCCCGGACAACAUAGAUACCGUCAGGUUCAAGAGGGCCUGUCAUCUCGUUGUCCAGGCUGAGCCCACACUACGAACAAGGAUUGUCCAUACCGAUGAUGCUGGGUCAGUGCAGGUCGUGUUGGCCGAGGAUGCCCCCGAAUGGUCUACGGUGUCCAGCUUAUCCGAUGCGGAGCAGUCUCGGCGCCAGAUUCCUCUUCACAACGGUGGAAGAUUGACCGACUACAACCUCAUUGCCGAUGGUUCUACCGGCGUCUUCUUUGUCUGGACUAUUCACCAUGCGCUCUACGACGGUUGGUGUCUACCUCUGAUCCUGGACAAGAUCAAGAGAUGUUAUCAAGAGGCUCCUCCAAGCCCGGCACAGCUCAGCGGCCCCUCGUACUCCAACUUUAUCCGGUAUCUUGCAGGAAUUGACUUGGAUCAAGCAGGCGAGUUCUGGAAGUCCCAUCUAUCCAACGUCUCAGCCCAGCACUUCCCACGUCUGCCCAGCCCUGAUUACCAGGCAAGUGCUAGCAGUCUGAUGAUUCACAAGGCAGACCUGAUCCGCCAGUCUGGAUCAGAGAUUACGGCUGCCACGAGGAUCCGCGCUGCUUGGGCUUUGACGGUUUCCAUCUACUCGGCAUCAGACGACGUUGUCUUCUGGGAAACCGUCACGGGACGUGAUGCCCCUGUCCCUGGGAUCGAGGAAACGGUGGGAGUGACGUUGGCGACUGUACCGAUGCGGAUGGUGCUGGAACCGUCGACAACGGUUGCUGAGCUUCUCGGCUACGUUCAAGCUCAGUCGGCAGCGGUGAGAACGCACCAACAUACCGGUAUUCAGUACAUCCGGCGCAUCAAUGCCGACACGGCUCUUGCGUGUGGCGCGCAGAACCUCGUGGCCAUCAAUCACGGGUCGCGAGAGUCAACCGAUUCCUUCUGGGACGAGCAGACCAACGAGAUGGCUGGCACCAACUUCUAUUCAUACCCCCUCAUGCUCUCGUGCCACAUUGGAGAUGGCGAGCUUGAGACUGUUGUCCAUUUUGACCCGGACGUCAUCUCAGCAUCGCAGAUGCAACGCGUCAUGGACCAGUUCGCCUUGAUGUUGCAAUCCGUCUCAUCUUCUGAACUGAUGAACGACAAGGUGGAAGACCUGUCCAUUUUGACCCCCAAUGACCUUCAGACACUGCAAGAUAUGAACCGUGCAACAACACCACUCGUGGAUCGACUCAUACACCAUGUCAUUCAUGAUCAGGGUAUUGCUCAAGCCCAAGACAAGCCGGCCAUUCACGCAUGGGACCAAACGCUCACAUAUGCAGAACUGGACUCUCGAUCUACCAACCUUGCGUGUGUCCUGGUUGAGAACGGCGUUGGUGUGAAUUCCAUUGUUCCAUUCUGCAUGGAGAAAUCGUCCCUUGUCGUCGUCUCCAUCUUGGCCAUUCUGAAAUCGGGUGCUGCGUUCGUCCCACUUCACCCGGCACAUCCAGAUGCCCGAAUCAACGACAUCCUUGCCGAUGUUGAUGCUACUGUUGUCCUAGCCUCCCCCCAGUACGCUGAGCGCCUGGAGAAUCUCGGAACAAAGGCAGUCCAGGUCUCACGGGCCUUUGUUCAUGGCAUCCCACCGCGCCGACAGCCGGCUGUUUCCGUGUCUACCAAUAGCCCGGCCUAUGUCAUCUUUACAUCUGGGACAACCGGAAAACCUAAAGGAACCAUUGUAGGCCACUCGGCCUUUUGCACUGGUGCGACUGCGCAUGGUCUUGCCAUGGGCAUGGACGAGUCAUCUCGAGUUUUGCAAUUUGCUUCGUAUACCUUCGACGCUAGCAUUAUGGAGAUGUUGACGACUCUUAUCCACGGCGGCACAGUCUGUGUGCCCAGCGAUGAGGAACGAAUGGGUGAUAUUGUGGGCGCCAUCAGCCGCAUGCACGUCAAUUGGGCUUUGUUGACGCCCUCAGUCGCCCAGCUGAUCCAGCCGUCCCUUGUCCCUGAGCUCAGAACCCUUGUGCUAGGUGGAGAAGCCAUGUCGUCUGCUCACAUCUCUUCUUGGGCGUCAUCUGUCCAGUUGAUGAACGCCUACGGCCCUAGUGAGACUUCUGUCGUUGCUGCCGUCAACCCAGCCGUCACACUUGCAUCUGACCCUUCUAAUAUCGGGCGUGCGGUUGGAGGUCUUUGCUGGGUCGUCGAUCCGCGUAACCACAACCGUCUCUCCCCUAUUUCUAGUAUUGGAGAGCUUGUGGUAGAGGGCCCAAUUCUCGCUCAGGGCUACCUCAAGAACCCCCAGAAGAAUGCGGAAUCCUUUAUCACCAACCCAAGGUGGUGCUGCAAAUUCCCUAGUGCAUCUCUAGGCCCUGAACGCAGGUUUUACAAGACUGGAGAUCUCGUCAAAAUCGACGAGGAUGGAAGUAUUCUCUUCCAAGGCCGUAAGGACAAUCAAGUCAAGGUCAACGGUCAGAGGCUCGAGUUGUCUGAAGUCGAACACCAUCUCAGCGCAGACUCUGCCAUUCAGUAUGGCUUGGCGGCUGUUCCAUCAUCUGGACAUUUCAAGGGGCGCCUAGUCGCCAUCCUCUCUCUGCAGUCACUUGCAGGUACCAAACAAGAUACGGCGGGAGAUGAAGAGAUGCAGAUCGUUGGACAGUAUGCUUCCCCGCAGUUGACAGGCAUCCGCGAGCGUCUUGCAAGACACCUGGCGGCUUGGAUGAUUCCAUCCUCGUGGAUCGUCGUGAACCGCAUCUAUCUCCUUCCAUCCGGCAAGCUUGACCGGAGGCGCGCUGUGAACUGGGUCGAGGCGAUGACUCCUGAGCAACACCAACACCAACUGGUUCUCCAGGAAAAGUCUUUAUUUGCCUUAGGCAGAGAAGCAUCAGAGGUUGAGGUAAAGCUUAGGGCUGCCUGGGCUAAGGUUCUUAACCUCGAGGCGGAAAUGGUGCCCUUCAAGCAGUCGUUCCUCCAUCUGGGAGGCGAUUCCAUCUCUGCAAUGCAGUUGAUGGCCGUCUGCCGGUCUUCCAACAUGAGUAUCUCAGUUGGCCAAAUCAUGCAGAGCAAGUCCAUCGUCGAACUUGCAUCUCAUGUCGUCACCACCGUUGAAGACAUUGUGCAUGACCAGGAGCGGGAGAACGAGUCUUUUGACUUGUCGCCCAUUCAGAAAGUGUACUUUGAGUGUAUGGGUACUGAGUCUACUCAUUUCAAUCAGAGCAUGCUUGUGAGAACUGGACGGACAAUCACUUCCCGAGAGCUAUCGACAGCUUUGGACACCAUCGUCAAGACACACAGCAUGCUGCGUGCUCGGUUCUCAAACGCCAAUGGCACCUGGUAUCAACGUAUAACUGGCAACGUUGCUGGCUCCUACAGCCUCCGAUCACAUGUGAGCGUGGGCCAUGGUCGUCUCUCUGCAUUGAUCGAAGAGAGCCAGAAAUGUUUGGACAUUGUUGAGGGACCUCUGCUCGCCGCCGACGUUUUUGAGAUGGAGGGAACCAGCAACCAAAUGGUGUCGAUUGUCGCUCACCACCUUGUUGUCGACGUGGUUUCCUGGAAUAUCAUCCUACAAGAUCUGGAGGGACUCUUGCUCUUGUCACCAGCCACCUACAGCCCUGUCAAGCCGCUCUCAUUCCAGACUUGGAGCAAUCUACAACGCGAGCAAGCUCAGGAAACGACACUGCAGAAUGUGUUUCAUGAUGUUCCGAUGCCUCAGCAAGAUCUCUCCUACUGGGGAAUGCAAGGCGUACCGAACCUUCACGGUGACUCAACCACCGAGACCAUGGAGAUUGCCAUCGAUGACUCGCUUCUACUCUUGGGUCCUUGCCACGAGGCCCUCCAAACUGAUGUUGUCGAUGUCUUGAUAGCCUCGCUGUUGGCGUCUUUCCGCCAAACGUUCCCAGACCGCCCUUCAGUGCCAUCAAUAUCCAAUGAGGGCCAUGGCAGAGAGCCCAUGGAUGACAAGCUGGACCUAUCACGUACUGUUGGAUGGUUCACCACCCUUUGCCCCGUCUACCUGCCCAGUUCCUUGCCCCCUGAGCCAGAUUUUCUCGACAUUGUGCGCUGGGUAAGGGACUUUAGGCGAAAGCUCCCCGGCAAGGGCCGUCCUUACUUUGCUCACAACAUGCUGUCUCCGGAAAGCCAGCCGUCUACCCGGGAGUGGCCUGUGGAAGUGGCCUUCAACUUUCUUGGCCAGACACAGCAGGUUGGGUCUGAAGACUCAGUGUUCAAGUCACUCGAUGGGGGCAUGUUGGACUCUGUGAGUUCGGAAACCGACAUUGGGGCCAGCGUCCCCCGCCUCGCACUCGUUGAGAUCUCAGCCUCCUUCUCUGGCAGCAGAUUGAGCUUCAGCUUCUCACUCAAUCGUCACAUGGAUCGCCAAUCAUGUAUCCGAAACUGGAUCGGGGCUUGCAAGGACUGCAUCCAUAAGGCUGUUCAACAGUUGUCCCAGGUCAGACGCGAACAGCCAAUUGCCGACCUGUCGCUUCUUCCCUUGACUUUCGGGGGUCGCUCCAGGAUCGAAGGAAGGCUCACCGAACUGGGCAUUGCCCAUCUUGGCGAUGUCGAAGCCGCAUACCCAUGCUCUCCAGCACAGCAGGGUAUUCUCUUCGCCCAGAUAAGAGACCCCGAAUACUAUUCGUACUCAAUCACGUUUUCGGUGAAUUGCGCGCAACCAGGCCAUGGCGUAGACGUGCAACGCCUAGCAGAUGCAUGGGGACAUGUUGUACAACGGCAUUCCACUCUUCGAACCGUGUUUGUGGACAAUUUGCUACAGGAGGGUGCAAUGGAUCAAGUUGUUCUCAGAAAGCAUCUUCCCAACAUGUCCAUCUUCGAAUGCUCCGACAAUGAGCAAGCUGAAAUACUUGAUCAACGUUCACGGCUGGGUCUUCCCACCAGCCAGCCACCUCACCGUCUCAACAUUUCAAAGGCUUCAGAAGGAACGGUCCUCUGCGUCCUGGAGAUGAGCCAUGCUAUCGCCGAUGGAACUUCGAUGCCAAUUCUGUUCCGUGACCUGGCUUUGGCGUACGAGGGUGCCUUGGCCGCAACCACUCUUUCCGUCUACAGCGACUACGUUGCUUACUUGCAGCGAAGCCGGAGCUCUCGCAACGUGGACUACUGGAAGGACUACCUGACCGGAUUCGAUCCUUGUCAUUUACCGUCUCUGACUGAUGGAGCCACGGAGCCCAAGGUUCUGCGAGCGCUCGACUGGGGCAUCUCCCACGCAGCCGACCUCCAGGCAUUCUGCAUCGAGAGAGGCGUCACGUUAUCCAAUAUACUGCAGCUAGCCUGGGCCCUGGUGCUUCAGGCAUACACGGGCCUUGACGACGUAGGGUAUGGGUGCUUGGUCGCUGGGCGGGACAUCCCCGUCCGCGACAUUGACGAGGCAGUCGGCGUCUUCAUCAACAUGUUCGUGUGCCGAGUGCGCCUUGACCCCUCUACUAGUCUCGGCGAUGUCAUCAAGACUGUCCAGGAAGACUUUGCGGCAGCGAUGAACCAUGAGCAUGUCUCGCUUGCUGACUUGCAACACGCAAUGGGCAUAACCAAUGAACCUCUGUUCAACACUGCCUACUCGUUCCAGAGAAGGUCCGUCUCCAAGUCCAUGGCUACGGGUCCUAUCUCGUUCGACGUCAGUGACGCCCAAGAUCCCAGCGAGUACGACAUGACCGUCAACGUCGAAGUUUGGGAUUCGAACGUGGAACUGCAGCUGUGUUACUGGACAGACAAGAUUUCCGAUUCACAUGCCAGUAACAUUGCCUCCACAUUUGACCAGAUUCUGACUUCAAUUGUGACGUGCGACCUGGAGGUGCCGAUAGGACAACUCAAUACGCUCAGCCACCACUGUUUGCAGCAGCUGGCGUCGUGGAACAAUGCUGAGCCUGAGUUCUUGGACAAGUGCGUGCAUCACGUCUUCGAGCACAACGCCCAACAACGACCCAGCGAGACACCGGCUAUCCAGGCAUGGGAUGCAAGCUUUACCUACCUCGAACUUGAUGCGGUAGCUACAAAGCUUGCUUCGCACUUGGUAUCUCUUGGGGUCAGGCCCGAGAGAUACGUCCCCCUUUGCUUCGAAAAGUCAGCAUGGACAGUCGUCGCCAUAAUGGCCGUUCUCAAGGCCGGCAGUGCCUAUGUUUCGCUAGACCCUACACACCCGCCUGAGCGUGUCAAAUUCCUCGUCCACAACGUCGAUGCUGAGCUGAUUCUCUGCUCACCUUCCUUGACACACAAGUUUGAGGGUCUGGGUAUCCCGACUUUUGCUGUCGGCCCAGAGACGGUAUCACUGCUACCUGAUGUGCCGGUUGGCUCGCUUCGAAUCCCGGUGACACCAAACAAUCCGGCCUACAUCAUCUUUACUUCUGGCACAACCGGAACGCCCAAGGGCACGAUCAUCGAGCACGGUGCCUUUACCACUGGAGCCACGGCGCAUGCCAAGGCUAUCAAGAUGACGUCGGCCUCUCGUGUCCUACAGUUCGCGUCGCACACGUUCGAUGCCAGCGUCAUGGAGAUGCUGUCUACCUUGAUAGUAGGUGGUUGCAUCUGCAUCCCCAGCGAGCAGGAGCGUAUGAACGACCUAGCCGCUGUCAUCACCAAGUUGAACGUCAACUGGACCCUGCUCACACCAUCCGUGGCAAGCGUGCUCCGACCAGACAGUGUGCCUACCCUCAGAGUCCUCGUUACGGGCGGAGAAGCGAUGUCAACGGACCACAUCGCCAAGUGGGCGAACCACGCGGUUCUUAUCAACGCCUAUGGACCGAGCGAGACAUCCGUCAUAGCAACAGCAAGCACCAAAGUUGACCAUGAAGGCAAUAUCCUGAAUCGGGACCCUGCUACGAUUGGGCAUGGUGUCGGGUGUCGCUGCUGGGUUGUCGAUUCGCGCAACCACAACCAUCUCUUACCCCCAGGGAGCACUGGUGAACUUUUGAUCGAGGGGCCCAUUGUGGCAAGAGGAUACCUGGGCAACGAAGCUAAGACGAGAGAUGCAUUCAUCGAACACCCUCCAUGGCGCACAGGAAUCAAGCUCCAUGGCGACCAGACAUAUGGUAUGUACAAGACUGGUGAUCUGGUCGCGUACAACUCGGAUGGCUCUUUGAGCUAUAGAUCCCGCAAAGACACUCAGAUCAAGCUCAACGGACAACGCAUUGAGCUCGGCGAGAUCGAACAUCACGUCAAGGCCAGCUUGCCAGCCCAUGUUCAGUCAGUCGUGGACUUGGUGGUUCCCCAGAGCCAGACAUCAACCAAGGUAUUGGCUGUGUUCUUCACCGGUGGCGACGAAGAGGUCGAGAAUGCAACAUCUCGAGAGACGGACGCACUUCUCCUACCCAUGUCAAGGGCUUCUGCCGAACUGGGCCAGUCGCUCAAGACGGCACUCGGGGGUGCUCUACCAUCACACAUGGUGCCAACCGCUUAUAUCCCAGUGACCAAGAUGCCGUGGACCUUGGCCGGCAAGCUGGACCGCAGUAAACUCAAGGCCGUUGUUCAGUCUAUACCGCCUAUGCAAAUGGCCCCCUACAAGCUCGCCGGGGUCAGGCAAGAGCGAGCCCCUGUCACAUCGAUGCAGCGCAAACUGCAGAAAGUCUGGGGCAAGAUCUUGGGCAUCAAUCCUGGCAGAAUCAGCAGAGACGAUAACUUCUUCAGGCUCGGCGGUGAUUCCGUUGGCGCCAUGAAGCUUGUCGCCGCCGCCAGGAUGGAGGAUGUUGUGCUCACAGUCAUGAACAUCUUCAAGCAUCCCGUCUUGUCGCACAUGGCAACAUCAUGCAAACGCGCCAAUGACGCUCCCAUCACUUUCGUGGAGCGUCUAUCGCUACUGAGAGACGUUGCGUCUCCCUCUCUGUUUGAUGACAUCGCCGAACGUUGUACCAUCCAGAGGAGCCAGAUCCAGGAUGUGUAUCCGUGCAGCUCCCUUCAAGAAGGUCUUGUAGCUUCAUCUAUUCAGCAGCCGGGCGCAUACGUCGCAAGAAAUGUGUUUGAGCUGCCUCCUAGCAUCGGCAUUGACCGUCUCAAACUCGCAUGGCAAAAGACUGUUAACCAAGUCGACAUCUUAAGAUCACGCAUCGUCAACGCCCAAUCUCUCAAGUCCUACCAAGUUGUCAUUGAGCCUCACGAAAUCGAGUGGGAUAACUACAGCAGCCUUGAAUCCGCCAUUGCUGAGACCCGGCCAGUUCCGGAACACAACGGCAGUGCCUUAGCCCGGUACGCAAUUGUCAGCUCGGCUGAUUCUGGCUCCCAGUACUUUGUGUGGACUGUCCAUCAUGCGCUAUACGAUGCUUGGAGCAUGCCUUCUUUGCUCAAUCCGGCUGUUCCCUUUGCCAAUUUUGUCAAGUACCUGGCCGACAUCGACGUACAAGCCUCGGAUGAGUUCUGGAAGGCUAGGCUCCAAGGCGCUUCCCUUGCAUCUCACUUCCCAACCAUGUCCUCCACGACAGGCGCUGAAUCAUCUCAUGUAUCUCUGAAGCAUACGAUUCAGUACAAGAGAGGGGACCUCGGUAUGGACGUAACUAUCCCACAAGUCGUUCGAGCGGCAUGGGCUCUUGUCCUCGGGUCUCAAACCGGCUCAGAUGACGUCAUCUUUGGCGAGACCUUGUCAGGGCGUGAUGUUGCUCUUGACCGUGUGGAAGACAUCAUGGGUCCAACCUUGACCACUGUGCCUUCAAGGGUUCAGAUCGAUCGGGCCGCUACUGUUGGUGACUUCCUGAGGACCCUUCAUGAGCAGGCAAUCGAGGUGAUCCCUCAUCAGCAUGCUGGUCUCCAACACAUCAAGCGCCUUGGGGCCGCCAUGGCAGCUGCCUGCGACUUCAGGAACCUGCUGGUCAUCCAAUCUACCGACGAUACAACAAGGGAGCAGGACUUGUUGCAGCCACUGGAAGGCGACAUGGAACAAGCAAACUUCUUCACGUACCCGCUGGUUGUCGAGUGUUAUAUCGAGGCUCACAGCCUGGUCUUGGUGAUCCACCAUGAUGAGGCUGUUGUGACAAGCUGGCAAGCAGAGCGAAUCUCCCGUCAAUUCGAAUCCAUGUUGGAACAACUCAUCCGUCUGUCGCGAGAGCCCACCCGCAAGGUCAUGGAGCUUCGACUCUACAGCCAAGAAGAUGUUCAAAUGAUCAAGGAGUGGAACCACCAAACUUCUGAGCCUGUCGAAGAAACCAUUCCCAGCUUGUUCUGGCAGUCAGCCACGAUGCAGCCCGAUGCCACCAUCAUCCGCGCUUGGGACGGCCAUCUCAACUACGAUGCCGUCUCACAGUACGCCGUCCGCCUCGCCAGGCUACUCGUACAGAAGGGAGUACGAGCUGAAACGCUGGUUCCAUGUUGUAUGGACAAGUCUCUCUGGACGACGGUCGCCAUGCUUGCUGUGAUACUCGCUGGUGGUGCUAUCGUUGGGCUAGACCCUGCGCAUCCCCCGGCUCGCCAUGCAGAAAUUACCCGCGACUGUGCGGCCCAUCUUGCUCUGUGCUCACCACAGUAUCAAGACCGUUUCAAUGGCCUCGUUGAAUCUGUCGUUCUGGUCAACGCCGACUUGUUCACUGCUGACCUGUCGUCCCCGCAAGACCUGCCAACCGUUACCAGUCGAGAUGCCGCAUUCGUCAUUUACACCUCCGGCAGCACUGGAAAGCCAAAGGGCAUUGUGAUUGACCAUGGCUCGUUUUGUGCGAGCGCCAACGCCUUCAUGCAACGCAUGAAUCUUACCUCAACGUCGAGUGUCUUCCACUUUACAUCUUAUGCGUUCGACAUUGCAAUGGGAGAGACGUUUGGCGCCCUGACUAGCGGUGCUUGUCUCUGCAUUCCCAGCGAGGAGAUGAGGCUGACAGACCUUCCGGGUGCCAUGAACACCCUCGGAGCCACUUGGGCCUUCUUGACGCCCUCGGUCGCCAACAUUCAGGAUCCCUCCAAGUUCAAGACACUUCGAACACUCGUCUGCGGAGGAGAAGCAAUGACCCCCGAGACCAUUAGUACCUGGGCAGACAAAGUCGAGUUGAUGAACGGCUACGGGCCAGCCGAGUGUACGAUUUUUGCCGUUGCCAACGCAGACGUCUCCGUUACCAGGGACCACACACAAAUCGGUCGCGCUAUGUCUGGCGGCCACACGUGGGUUGUCGAUCCCAGAGACCACAACUGCCUCGUACCCGUGGGCUGUGUGGGUGAACUGCUCAUCAGCGGUCCUAUCGUGUCUCGUGGUUACUUGAACGACAGCACAAGGACGGCUGAGUCGUUCGUCGAAAACCCCGCGUGGAUGCACUGCUUCAUGAGCGAGGUGCAUCACCCACGACCCCUGCGUCUCUACAAGACGGGUGACCUGGUCAAAUAUUGUUCUGAUGGAACACUGGUUUAUAUGGGCCGCAAGGAUCACCAGGUCAAACUCAAUGGCCAGCGCAUGGAACUUGGCGAGAUUGAAGCUCGUCUAGAGUCUGACCCGUGCAUUCGCCAUGCCCUCGUCUCUCUGCCCAAGUCUGGGGUCCUCAAGGAUCGUCUGGUGGCGAUCGUUUCUCUCGAGCAACUUGUGCCUGACAAGUCAUGUCUUGAAUUAUCAGAGUUUGUUCUUGUGUCUGCUUCCACGGUUGAACACGCUCGAGCUCAGAUUUCCGCAUUUCAAAACCAUCUAUCUGAGAGCCUCCCACCCUUCAUGAUACCAUCAGCUUGGUUUGUGGUUGAGGCUAUUCCCCUCUUGCUGUCUGGCAAGCUCGAUAGGACCAGUGCUCAGGUAUGGCUCGUCAACAUGGAUUCGGAGACGUGUGGCAUGGCACUCAGUCCAGAAUACACUGAAGACGUCGUGAACUCCGAGAUGACAUCCGUUGGACGGCAACUCAGACGUAUCUGGGCGUCAGUCCUAAACAUUGCUGACGAGACCAUGCCCAUGAACCGCUCCCUUAUCAGCGUCGGUGGAGACUCCAUCAUGGCUAUUCAGAUCACCACUCGCUGCCGGGACCAAGGCUUGAGAUUAUCCAUGCAGCAAAUCAUGAAGGCCAAGUCUAUCACUGAGUUAGCCACGCUCAUCGAGACGGAAGACCAACAAACACGGAAAGACUUCCCCGAAUAUGAAGAAGAAACCGAUCAAGCAUUUGAGUUGUCGCCAAUCCAGCAAUUCUUCUUCAACAACAGCUCCGACAAGGACCUCGGAGACCGCUUCAACCAAAGCCAACUCUUGUCGAUCAGAGACCCCAUCGAUGAAACCCGAUUCAAGCAGGCUGUUGAUGCACUUGUGCACCGACACCCAAUGCUUCGCGCGCGCUUCAAGAGAUCUCCUGAUGGACUGUGGACCCAGCACAUCGAGUCGGAUAUUGGAACUUCUUACAAAUUCCGUUUCCACAAGUCCAUUGCGAGGCCUGACAUAGUUUCAUCCAUCGUCGCUAGCCAAAGAGAUGUUCAAAUUUUCGGUCCUGUUCUCGUUGUUAAUCUCUUUGAGCAGCCUGAUGGCUCUCAAGUGGUUUCGCUCGUGGCUCACCAUCUGGUAGUCGAUAUCGUUUCCUGGAUCAAUGUCAUCCAGGACCUCGAGACAUUCCUCUCAACUACCUCUCCAGUACUCCCCAAACCCUUCUCGUUCCGGAAAUGGCAUGCAGAGCAGGUUGAACAUGCUAAAUCUCUCGAGAGACAUGGAGACGGCUUGCUGCCAUUCCCUGUGCAGCCUGCCGAUUUGGACUUCUGGGGCAUGUCAAGCACCACCAACACCUAUGGAGAUGUCAUCCAGAGAUCCUUUGUCCUGUCAGAUACCGAUGUCACAUCUUUGGUACUGGGAGACUCGCACAAGGCACUCAAGACGGAACCUCUUGAUCUGUUCAUCUCGGCUCUGCUCAAAUCAUUCGGACAAAUCUUUGAAGAGCGAGAGCUUCCAACUCUGUUCAACGAAGGUCACGGGCGUGAGCCUUGGGACGAUACCAUUGACCUUUCCCAGACCGUCGGAUGGUUCACCUCACUCUGUCCCGUUCAUGUGUCUCGACGCAACAUAGACCCCGAUGAUAUCCUCGACUGUGUCCGCAAGGUCAAAGACGUACGUCGCAGUAUCCCAAGCAACGGUCGUCCGUACUUUGCCCGCUGCUACCUGACCGAGUCAGGGGAGCCCCAUCGCAGCAACCAUGAGCCCAUGGAGGUUGUGCUUAACUUCCUUGGCCGUACUCAACAAACAAGCCAGGGAAAUCCUCUCUUUGGCUCGGCAGAUUUAUCCAUGACCGAGGAAGAAUUAGCGGCCACUUCCGACGUUGCGCCCGAGACGCACCGUACAGCUUUGUUCGAGGUCUCCAUAUCCAUUGUCGACCAAGGCAUCAGCUUCACCUUCAUGUACAACCAGCACAUGCUCCAUCAAGAUCGCAUUGAGGAAUGGGUGUCCAACUGUGAGGAGGUACUCAUCGACACUUCAAGAAGGCUCAGCGAGGCCACGCCUACUCCCACGCUGAGCGACUUCCCUCUCAUGCCCAUCGGCUACACGGAGCUGAAGGAGCUCGUGACCAGAUCUGUUCCUGCUGCUCACGUCCGCUUCGGUGAGGUAGAAGAUAUAUAUCCCUGCUCGCCCAUGCAGACAGGCAUACUACUCAGUCAGCUCCUGGAUCCAUCACAGUAUCUGUUCCAUACUGUCCUUGAAGUAACUUGUCCCAGCGGUUCGACGAUUGAUACCGCGAAGUUGUCCCAAGCCUGUCACCAAGUCAUUCACCGCCACCCUGCUCUUCGAACUGUCUUUGUAGACAGCGUCUACCGUGGUGGCUUCUUCGACCAGGUUGUGCUGAAGGCUCCUGAAUCCCGAAUCACCACCAUCGAGUGUCGGGAAAUCGACGUCAUGGCAAGAUUGAACGCCAGAUCCCUCGAAAAGAUCAACAAGAAGCACGAUGGUCCGAUGCUUCCUUACCAAAUCACCAUCUGUCAGACACCCCAGGGCAAAGUGUUCAUCAAAGUCGAAAUGAACCACGCUGUUACAGACGGUGCUUCCACGUCUGUCAUGCUGCGUGAGAUAUCAAAUGCAUACACCAAUACCCUGCCUUCGACCGAGGUCCCUUCCUACAAGGAAUACAUCCAGUACAUCUCCAACCAGUCUACUGAGUCAAGUCUCAGGUUCUGGAGCAACUACCUCUCCGGAGCGCAAUUCACCGGAUUUCCAACAAUCAAUCCCGACAUCACAGCUGUCCGCAGCCUGGGCUCUGUCGCGGUCGAGUUUGAUCGAUUUUCCGAGCUGCAAUCCCUUGGCCGUGAGAACGGAGUGACGCUCUCGAACAUGAUCAUAGCUGCAUGGGCUGUGAUACUUCGGGCCUACACCAAAUCUGUGGAUGUCAGCUGCGGGCUUCUCGCCUCGGGACGCGAUGCCCCUAUUGAUGGCAUUGACAACAUUGUUGGCCCUCUAGUCAAUAUGUUGGUGUUCCGCUUUCGGUUUGCUCCGGGAAUGCUGCUCAAGAGACUGUUCCUCAAAGCCCAAGAAGAUUACAUAGCAAGUCUACCGCACCAGCACUUUUCUCUCGCUCGCCUCAGCCAUGCUCUGGGACAAGGGAAAGGAGGCUUUUUCAAUACUGCCAUAUCCAUCCAAAACGCCGGUUCACCGAGUGGCUCAGAUCUCAACGCACUCACAUACGAGCCAGUCGAGGCCUUUGAUCCAAGCGAAUACGCCGUUACCCUCAAUGCCAACACCACUCACGGCGACGAAGGCAUUGUCUUCCGUUACUGGACGGAUGUUCUUUCAGAUUCGCAAGCCGAGGACCUUGCCAUCACAUUGUCCGACUUGCUGAGUGAUUUCAUCGAUCACUAUGAGAGGGAUAUAUCCCACUUGCGGCUCUUCAAGGGUCCACAGCUACCCACUAGUGGGCAGACGCACACACAUGAGGUUAACCACUGGGCAUUUCAACAUGAGGAUUCCAAAUGCGAAGCUAUAAUCCACAACUCGACAAGCAGCGAAUCUUCGACAGAUCUCAGCGCAGAAGUUUUCUCGUCGCCCAAUCCCUCUCAUCCCUCUACUCGCGACCGAGAUCAUGUUCACCACAAGCUGUUGGCAUUGUGGAGAGACUCUUUAGGCCUUGGAAGUGCUGAAAUCUCCUAUGAUGACAGCUUUUUCGGACUCGGAGGUGACUCCAUUAUCGCCAUGUCAAUGGUGGGCAAUGCUAGAGAGCUAGAACUAUCACUCACCGUGGCCGACAUUUUCAACAAUCCCAACUUUGGGUCAAUGCUCAAUUGUCUCCUGGAUCGAUCAUACAAGGAUUACGACACGGCGUCAAGCAAUGGCAAGUCGUACCUCUCAGACUCCAAGAACGAGGAAUCAACCGAUGUUGAACAAGCAUACCAGCCCUUCUCCAUGCUUGGCCAAGAGCAUGCUGAGCAGUUCGUUCGAGAUCAUGUCUGCACUGUUGCAGGUGUUUCCCGAGCCAGCAUCAUAGACGUCCUCCCAACAACCGACUUUCAGGACCAGGCUAUCGCAGGUAGCUUCUUAGACUCGCGAUGGAUGCUCAACUACUUCCACUUGGAUUCUUCAGGGCCGCUUGACAUUGGCCUGCUGAGAGAAAGCAUCACAAACAUCGUGACCUGUUACGACGUGUUGCGCACCGUCUUCGUCUCUCACCAGGAAAGAUACUUGCAGGUCAUCCUUCGUCAUGUACAACCCCAGCUAACUGUCCACGACGUCGACGAUAUGGAGCAAUUCACCUCGGAACUUGGGUCCAGCCAUCGGGACGAAGUUCCGCGCCCUGAACAGUCCGCCCUCCGGUUCGUCGUGGCGCGACUCAAAUCCUCGGCACGACACCGCAUUUUCAUCAGGAUAUCUCAUGCGCAGUAUGACGGCGUCUGCUUCCCUGCCAUCCUUGAAGGAUUGAAGGCUUGCUAUGAGGGAGAACCUAUCUUUCCCGCACCUUCGUAUGCAACCUACAUCCGCGGGGCAUUGGGCAAGAUCAAUCCGGGCCACUACGCGUACUGGAAAGCUCUCCUGAAGAAUUCCACUCCGACGCAUGUUGUCCCACGACAAGGUACUUUGCUCCACACUGCUCCUACACAAGUGUUGAAAAGGGUUGUUUCCACACCCUCGCUCGCGUCUUUCAACAUUACCACCGCCACUGUCGUCAAGGCCGCCUGGUCAACGGUAUUGGCAAAGGUCACGGGCAAGGCCGAUGUUGUCUUUGGCCACCUCAUCAGCGGACGCAACGUAAGCAGCGUGCCCGGUAUUGAGGCUAUCGUUGGCCCUUGCUUGAAUGUGGUGCCUGUACGCGUUUGUCACCAACCUUCUUGGACCGUACUGGAUCUUCUUCAACACAUCCAAAAACAGCAGGUGAACAACAUGCCGUACGAAUCACUCGGUUUCAAGGAGAUCAUUGACAAGUGCACCGACUGGGAUGAUGACGGAGCAAACGGCUUUUCCACUGUUGUCCAACACCAAAGCAUGCCUCAGACAGGUGCUCUUGAAAUCGGGGGGAACACGUACCAAGUUGGUGCAAUGGCCUCACAAGAAGAUGUGGCUGAUUUCAGCGUCGUUACUACGCCACAAGACGCGAACAGCACAGAGAUCUGCUUGCUUUAUUCCCGAGACGGAGAUGUAGACGCGGCCUUGGCAGAGGAGAUGUUUGACUCUCUCUGCAGCAGUAUCACAGGGUUUUCCGAGAACCCGGGCACCUUUGUUAGAGUUUCUUGA